AUGUCCCAAGGCCAAAGCCAGGAGUCUGACUUUCUGCCCUCUCUUUAUGAGGGGGACACAGGUCAGUUAACUGAUUUUACUCCUUCAAAUCCUCUUAUUACGCCGACAAACAGUAUUCUUGGUUCUUGUCCAAUUGAAGGUAGUGAGCCUGAUUUUCUCCGACCGAGCAAUCUUCCUCCCCCUGACUUAUUUACUCGUGUUGGCCCCGAUCGGAGAAAGGCAUUUGUACUUUACAACAGCAUGACUCACACAGAUUGGGUUGAUUGGUGGCUCCAGACAGACUUUGGACAGAAAAGCAAUCUCAAAUGGGAUACAAAUCGCAAUUCAGAUAUCUGGAGUCACUUUGAUCAGGUUGCCGCUUGUAAAGAUGGGGCACCAAAGGUUAUGUGUAAAAACUGUGCCCGGAUCUUAGAGCAUCCUGCAUCAAUUUUACCAAAUGGCAGAAGUCUAUAUGGUACAUCAACUCUGUUAAAGCAUCUCAAAACAGCAGCUUGCCAAAAGGUCAAGGCCAACAGAAAAGAGGAUAUCUCUCAGUUCCUAAUAUCAGAAGGCCAAACAGCUACUCAGUCAUUCUCACAAACUACAUGGGAGACACAGCUAUUGCAGUUUCUCACCUUAAAUCGCCUACCAUUCCAUCUUAUUGAACAUCCAACCUUCCACACCCUUAUCCGAUCUGCACGCUUAGCACCUUCUCCUCCGAUGAUACCUUCUGCAACAACGAUUCGGCGACGAUUACGAGAUAUUAUCCAAGAUAAACAACGCUCUACUCUCAAAACCCUUCCUCCUGAGUCAAAAAUAUCGAUUGCACUAGAUUGUUGGACUUCUCCCUAUAACCAGGCUUUUAUGGCAAUCACUGGUUAUUUUGUUAAUGCCAACUGGGUAUAUCAAGAGGUUCUUCUUGGAUUUAAGCCAUUAUAUGGCUCACAUACUGGUGCAAAUCUAAGCGCAGUUCUCCUUGAGACCUUGACCCAUCACAACAUCCAAAAUCGAGUCUUUGGAAUUACAACAGACAAUGCGACAAACAACAAAACUUUGGUGGAUACAAUUCAGCAAGCACUCUCUAGUGAGACCACUGUUAUCCGAAUCCCUUGUCUUGCCCAUGUCAUCCAGCUCUGUCUGAAUCAGCUUCUUGAUCGUCUUAAAGCUGUACCCCAAAAUGAUGCCGCUGAGACAAAAUGGACCGAUCGGCAAUCGUCUGCAGCAAAGGCAAAUGCAAAACAACAGAAACAUGAGAUUUCAGGCACAUUGAACAAGGUCCGCUAUCUUGCAAUUUACAUCCAUGCCAGUCCUCAACGGCGAGAGACCUUUCUCCAGCUUCAGCCUAAAGAACCUAGGCUAGUGCCUAUUCAAGAUGUCCGAACUCGAUGGAACUCAACCUUUUUGAUGCUUCGACGUGCCAAACGACUACGCAGCUACUUUAUAUCAUUCUGUGAGCAGUAUGAUUGUAAAGAGAUGUUGCUUAAUAAUGAGGAGUGGCGUCAGAUUGAUUAUCUUCUCUGUAUUACAGAGCCUUUCUUUGACUACACUACUGAGCUGUCAAAGACAAAGGAGGUUACUACACAUCUGGUUUUCAAGCUCUACAAUGCACUCUUUGAGCAUCUUGAGAAGUCAAUAGGUCAGCUAAAGAAGAAGCGGAUUCCAUGGAAAAAGCAGAUGCUCCAAUCACUUGAAGCUGGCCGACAGAGGCUUGGUGGCUACUAUUCGCAAACAGAUGGUGUGAAAGGACAUAUCUUUGCGAUUUGUACUAUGGUUGCACCAGAUAGCAAAUUCCAGUUCUUUCAAACUGAUGACUGGGAGCAACAGUGGCGUGUUGCAUAUCGCAAAUCAUUCCAGUCAGCACUGCUUCCAUAUCAGCAACGUCUUGCCAGAGAUCAAGCCUCACCUACACCCCAGGCAUCAUCAAGACCUACAUCAAAACUCAACAAGAUGCUCAGUGGGAGCAAGACUAUAGCAAAACCUGUUGGAGAUGAGGCUGCUCAGUAUCUUGAUAGUGACCCAGUCGAAGAUGAACCACUUCAUUUUUGGCGUGAGAACCAGUCUCGGUUUCCCGCAACUGCAUUGCUUGCUCGAGAUUUUCUUUCAAUCCCUGCAACUGGUGCUGGUGUUGAGCGGCUUUUUAACACCGCGCGUGAUGUCUGCCAUUACCGACGCGGCCGUUUAAAGUCUGAGACUAUUGAAGAAAUCAUGCUAUUCCUGUGUGCAUCAAGAUUCGAUCUCCAGGAGGCAGAGAUGAAGCAGCUUGAGAAGUAUUUUACGUUGGAUGAGAUUGAGAUGUCAAAGGAACAGAAUGAUGAGAAUCUCCAGGAUGUUGAGAUAGUUUCGAUUAGUGAUAAUGAGGAGGAGGAGGAGGAGGAGGAGGAGGAGGAGGAGGAGGAUAUUGUUGUAGCUUCUACUACUGAAUUAAUAGAUCUUGGUGUUGAGGGUCAAGAUCCUCAGCAGCCUCUAUUACCAGAGAAUGGGACUCAGCUACGGAUGUCUACAAGGAAGCGUAAACACAGAGAGGACAAUAAUUUUGAGCAGUACUAG